UUGUCGCAGUCCAGUACGUGCAUUCGGGCCGUAUUGAUGUUUAAUUUCAUCAUCCACCCGCUUCACCGUCAUCUCGCGUGCGGCGUCAUAAAUGCCUAUUAACUUUGAACACAUCAAAACUCCGCUCUCAGUCCGUAUCAGAACGCCAUAGUAAUACUUCAGUGGUCCAGUACAGCGCAGUUCAUUUUGUAUUUCGUGCAACGAUUCUUCCGACCCGAUCACUUCCAUGUUGUAUUUCCCGGCUGAUAAUAGGCAUUAACCGAGCAGCAAUAAAUGCCUUGAGAUAGUAACGCUGCUGAUAAGCGACAGUUGGAUGUACUUCGCCCAAGUUCGAUUCCGGUGCUGGGGAAAAAAGUGAGGCUGCUCCCGUGUUUGUUCAGUUCGAAUGCAACAGUUACAAGUGAAACACUGAUUGUAACAAAAAAAAGUGUAACGAGCUCUUUUGUGUGUUAUAUAACUCCAGAGUAGUCCAGAGACGCCGUCCCGUCAUCAAGCAUGUUCGCUCGUUCUUAUUGUAGUGCCGUAAAACAAUAGCAAACGAGUAAGUGUGCCGUGUAUUGCUUGUACCGAAAUCGAGUCGGCUCGUUGCGCAUAGGAAGUGUACAAACCGCCUAUACUGCAAUGAAGUUCAACUUGCACUUUUGAUUAUUAUUAAUUGUGCUGUGAGUAGUUGUCGCCGUCCAUCGAAUAGUGUUGCCCGUAGUGCUUUGAACUUCUCAUUGAGGGGUACGCCGGAACCGGUUUCAGUGUAGUGCAGUGAUCGUCCCGCCAACGUGCCUUGAGCGGGGUCAGUCGGAGAUUUAAUGAUCUCCAUCAAUUAGAGGUGCGCACUUUUUGCCUGCGUGCUUCACAUCAUACAUAUUCAAGGAAACGCAUACCAAAGCAUCGACAAAGAAACCACAGUACCUGCAGCAGCUGAGUCAGAACUCGCGAGGAUGUCUCACGAUACAGACGAAAGCAAAGUUCGCUACCGGCGAACGCAAAGCGUGACCCGAGCCGAAGAAAUCACCAAAAAGGAAUCGAACCAGCGAAAAUCACAACCGGAUAAACCAUGCCACCGACCGCGGGAUUCGCUAUUCUCCUGGAGCUCGGGCUUCGACAAUUUCACCGGCCUAGUCAAUUGGGGCUUUCUGCUGCUCACGAUGGGAGGCUUUCGGCUAGUUUUGGAAAAUUUUAUCAAAUACGGUAUCCGAGUGGAUCCGGUUCAGUGGUUCGUGGUGCUCACGGGGAGAAACGAGGGCCAGGGACAUCCUUCGUUGCUGUUGGUUUUGUAUUCAAUAGUUCCUAUAGUGAUAUGUUUGAUGGUAGAGAAAGGUUUGGCGUCCGAAGUGAUCAUGGAAAGUGCCGGCAUGGUGGUGCACGUGGUUAACAUUCUAGUGCUGGUGCUUAUUCCCAUGGUGGUGAUUCAUGUCAAAGGGCAAGCAUUCAGUCUGGUUGGCGCUAUGACGGUUUGCUUCGUGUACUGCAUCUUGUUCCUAAAGAUGUGGAGUUACGUUCAGGUGAACCUGUGGUGUCGCACUCAAUACAAGCAAAGCAAGAAGCGAUCCGGUCGUCGGCAGAGUAUUUCCAUCGCUCAGCUGCAGAAUGACCAAUCAGGACGUGCCGUCAACGGAAACGGCGUGGCAUCGGGUGCUGAGAAAGACAAAGUACCCAAGCUGGUACACUACCCGGACAAUCUGCACCUGAAAGACCUGUUCUACUUCCUGUUGGCGCCAACUUUGUGCUAUGAACUGAACUUCCCACGUACCUCGCGUAUCCGGAAGCGUUUCCUAAUCAAACGGAUUCUCGAAGUGGUUAUCGGAGUUCAUAUUGUUAUGGGAUUGUUCCAGCAGUGGAUGAUACCCUCGGUGAAGAACUCUUUGGUCCCGUUCUCCAACAUGGACCUAACCAAGAUGACCGAGCGAUUACUCAAAUUGGCGAUUCCAAACCAUCUGAUGUGGCUGUGCUUCUUCUACCUAACUUUCCAUUCUUUCCUAAACCUGAUGGGAGAGCUGCUGCAUUUUUCCGACCGUAACUUUUAUAGUGACUGGUGGAAUGCCAAUAAUAUCGAUACGUUCUGGAGAACUUGGAAUAUGCCUGUUCACAAAUGGUGCGUCCGUCACCUGUACAUUCCGGUCGUGGAGAUGGGCUAUUCGAGAAUUUCUGCGUCGGUGUUCGUGUUCUUCAUCAGUGCCUUCUUCCACGAGUACCUGGUGAGCGUACCGCUCAAGACGUUCAAGAUCUGGGCCUUCAUGGGCAUGAUGGCGCAGAUUCCGCUCUCUUUCGUUUCGAAAUUCAUGGAAAAGCAGUACGGAGCUCGGUGUGGCAACAUCGUUGUGUGGGCAUCGAUCAUCCUGGGUCAGCCGUUGGCAAUCAUGAUGUACUACCAUGACUAUGUGAUUACGCACUACAACGACGUCCUGGCGUAAUGCAGCUACCGACCUACUUAUACGUGGAACUAUGUUCCUCUACGUAAGGUGUACUACUGAAUAAAGAGACGAACCAACGAAGCAUAUCGAUUAGACCAAAUUAGAUAUAUUUCGAUUACACAUCACUCACUGAUGCACAAAAAUACGUGUCAAAAAGCCAUACAUCACAAGUCUAUUCUUGCAUUUUCGUGGUAAACUUUUUUCUUUGUACGUUUAUUAUUUUUAUAAUAAAAAAAAAAAUUGUAAAAAUCGAAA